GCCGCGCAAUCAGUUUACCAAAUAAAGCCUCAAGCUAUGGUCAAGCUAAUGGUAAGCCUUGGAGUUCUAAGCCUGCUACUGUGCCUGUCAGCAGCACUCAGUCCGCGUGUAAUUGUCUACAGGAUGAAGCUUUGCAUGCAACUUCGUUCGUAUGGCAAUUGUCACAAUAGGCAGGAGCGUUGGUAUCACGACCCAUGGUCGAAAACCUGCAAGUUGUUCCACUACAGUGGAUGCGGUGGAAAUUAUAAUCGUUUCAUUUCCAAAGACACAUGCAUGGAGUACUGCAGGGACCCGGGCAUACCUUACGAUGAUAAGUAAUAGAAAUAGAAAUCGAACAAAAUUAUG